AUGAAAGUUGUGGAGCUUUAUGUCAUCCACGACGAGUUGUAUGGUAUCCGUACUUGUUGCUACUUAGACUUGACAACGACUCAGAAUUCCAAACCCCCAAUCAUUACGCGCGUGUACCACGAGUCGUGGGAGGUUGCUUUUGAAACUGGAAAUUUCACAGACAGUGAAAUAGAAGGGAGGCUGCACUGCACUGAACUUCAGAAUCUACCGCUGUGGUUCAAUCUCACACACAGAAUCGUCGCUUGGUACUGGGCGCCAGAUUUGGGUAUUCGGGUUGACGGUCAUGACGAACGCCAACCAGAGAUCAUGUCCUAUUUUCUAUGGCAUGUGGCACAAGCCCGGAGUGCCUUAAUUCUAGCACGUCGGCUCUACACGUUCAAGUAUCUCGACGGACCUGGAUGUGCCGCUUUCCUGGAUGAAGACAAUCUUUCCGCAAUCUCACGAUGGAAAAAUUGGCUGGUUUGCAUCAAGAUAGUCCCCAUGCAUUUGACACCCGAUGAAGCCUUCAAAUCCAAUCUCUUUGGACUCACGGGUGAAGAGCCCAUUCAGUUGGUGGACCCCUCGGAUACCAAGCGUCUUCGCCGAUUCCAGCAACACUCGAAUACCGAGGACCAAGAAGCCCAAGACUUCUUCAUCAUUAUCAAAGACUCUUCUAAGCUUCAAACUGAGCUGGAAAGUGGAAACAAGGGCUCCAGGCCACAUGGAUAUGGCGGCACUGGUUUGUCAUGUGCCGACGCAGCCAACAUACGGAGACCUGGUGGAGUAAUAGUACGGAGGACGUUUGGGUUGGCCCUCGUGUUGAUGUAA